UCCUAGGUUGGCCCGGGGAGCUGAGCAGAGAGUCAUGGGGUCUCUGGUUCUGCUGCUGAGCGCUGUCUUCUGCCUGGUGGCUCACUCGGCUUCUGGCAGCCCCAUCAUGGGCCUUGAGCAGUCGCCCCUGGAAGAAGACAUGCCCUUCUUUGAUGAUAUCUUCACUGAGCAAGAUGGUAUUGACUUCAAUACACUGCUGCAGAGCAUGAAGAACGAGUUUCUCAAGACGCUGAACCUGUCGGACAUUCCUGUGCAGGACACAGGCAGAGUGGAUCCGCCAGAGUACAUGCUGGAGCUCUACAACAAAUUCGCCACAGACCGGACCUCCAUGCCGUCUGCUAACAUCAUCCGGAGCUUCCAGAACGAAGAUCUGUUUUCUCAACCAGUCACUUUUAAUGGGCUCCGGAAAUAUCCUCUUCUCUUCAACGUGUCUAUCCCUCACCACGAAGAGGUCGUCAUGGCUGAACUGCGGUUGUACACGCUGGUGCAGAGAGAUCGGAUGAUGUACGAUGGUGUGGACCGUAAAAUUACCAUUUUUGAGGUACUAGAGAGUGCAGACGGUAGCGAGGAGGAGAGGAGCAUGCUGGUCUUAGUAUCAACUGAGAUCUACGGAACCAACAGUGAGUGGGAGACAUUUGACGUCACGGAUGCCACCAGGCGUUGGCAAAAGUCAGGCCCAUCAACCCAUCAGCUGGAGAUCCACAUUGAAAGCAGACAAAACCAAGCUGAGGACACCGGAAGGGGACAACUGGAAAUAGAUAUGAGUGCCCAGAAUAAGCAUGACCCUUUGCUGGUUGUGUUUUCUGAUGACCAAAGCAAUGACAAGGAGCAGAAAGACGAACUGAAUGAAUUGAUCACCCAUGAGCAGGAUCUGGACCUGGACUCCGACGCUUUCUUCAGUGGGCCCGAUGAAGAGGCUCUGCUGCAGAUGAGGUCGAACAUGAUCGAUGACUCGUCCGCUCGGAUCAGGAGGAACGCCAAGGGGAACUACUGUAAGAAGACCCCACUGUACAUCGACUUCAAGGAGAUUGGCUGGGACUCCUGGAUCAUCGCUCCUCCUGGGUACGAGGCCUAUGAGUGCCGCGGUGUGUGUAACUACCCUCUGGCGGAGCACCUCACACCUACAAAACACGCAAUUAUCCAGGCCUUGGUCCACCUCAAGAAUUCCCAGAAAGCUUCCAAAGCCUGCUGCGUGCCCACGAAGCUGGAUCCCAUCUCCAUCCUCUAUUUAGAUAAAGGUGUCGUCACCUACAAGUUUAAAUAUGAAGGGAUGGCUGUGUCUGAGUGUGGCUGUAGAUAGGGAGAGGAGAGGUGUCCCGUGGCUUAUUUAAUAACUGCAGAUGUGUAUAUUUUGUGUUCUAUUUAAUGAGACUAUUUAAUGAAGGUGUACAGAUAAUAGAGGUUGCUACCUUAGGGAACUGUGCUGUAGGAAAUGUGUAUUUUGCUCCACAAUCCAGUCCUGUCCAGUUAUCUUCUUCAGACUCUCCUUUCCCAGUGAUACCAUCUCUUAACAGGCCCGCAUCACUUAUGCUUUCUGGCAGUUUGGGAAGAGCAAGCCCUACAGGAAAGAAUGUCAACACGCGGGGAUUUGUGCACGUUCAUGCAGGUGCACGUGAACUUAAAAAAGUCUUUUUGCUCAACAGGCAGACUAUAUUUAUUCAUGUGAGUGUGGCUUCCUCCAGAAUGUAUGUAUUACAGGAUAUGGGAUUUAGGCCAAGAAAGUUCAUUUUGGGAGUUUAAUCAUCUACAGAAGUGUAUUUCCCAAAUGUUCGGGGCACGUAAAUGUAGUUCUUUUCCAUUGAAUCUGCCAUGGCUCAGAGCAGCGGGCUUGAUGAGCCUGCUUCAAGUUCAAGAUGUGGAUGGGGUCGUCAGAUACACAAAACAAACGGCCUUGACAGGCAAUGGUCCCAGAGAUGCCCUUGCAAAGAAUAGGUUCCUGGGCCAUGUACUUCUGAGGACAGUGCCUGGUCAGGAAAGAUGGGGAAGUGGGUCUUUCAGGACUGGCAUGCCCUUAGUCAACAGGAGGCAAGGCCACAUGUACCACCCCUUAGUGCUACAAAGGGCUAUGGAGGUGGUGGAGGGAGACGGAAAGGCUCAGAUGUCCUCAUGUGUGGUGGUAAAGCCAUCACAAUUCUAGUGGAAUCAUUAACUAAUUUUGGACAGAAUAAAACAACCCAAGACUGAGAGGACUUGAGGAAGCUGUCUGACAGACACAGUUGACAAUACUCCUCACUCUAAGGCCUCCUUCCCUUGCUGGGCACCUCUGCCUUCUCCUCCGUUCUCUUCCCUUUGUUUAAUUUCCUUCCCAUUAUGCCUCUUGUCUUCCUGUCUUUCUCUCCUUCAUCACCCAUGGAGGUGGCAGCAGAUAGGACAUGGCAAGAGGACCUGAAGUCAUUCUCCCUCCGUAUAAAAUCACCUAGUCAUCUGACUUCUAGACUUAUCCUGGAAAUAUCAUUGGAUUUGAUUUGAGUUAUACACUUUGUGCUAUGUUUGUCAUGAAGAAUACAGAACAGAAGAGUGGAGAUCAAGCAAACACACUCAAGCCAUGAGUGAGUAGAGACACAAGCAGACCACUCAAAUGUUGAGCUUGAACUUUGAAAUCAUCCUUGAUCUGGGAGAAAUCCACUAGCACCCCCAUUCUUUUCACCCCACCUCCUUUCCAUUUGAAACUCUUGUCCAUCAUUGGGUAGGUUGUAAAGACACUGAGAUCUUGGUGCAGGCCCUACCACUUCCUGUUAAGAUUCUCGACUCUGUGUAGUCAGAGCUAGAGCAGGCAGGCCCUGAGUCACCACAGACCAAUGACACAGCGACUCACAUGAGAAGCAGGAAUACAGCCUCAGUAUAUUACCCAAUCCUUCCCUAUUGGAUAUAUAUAAAUGCUGGGCUAUCAGUUAUCAGUUUCCUUUCCAUAAACUUCUUAGGGCUAUAGAUUCAGAUUAUUCUGUUAAGGGCAGGUAUUUUCCAAAUCUGGACUUCGACU